AUGACGGAAAUGAAGCUCCGAAAACGAAUGGACAUGGGCGGUGACACGAUGGCAAUGACUAGCGACGAAUGCCGCGCAAACGACCCAGUCUGGUUGCAAUCGAUGUCCUAUUGCGUACGCGAUCGAUGCACUCGCGAAGGUGUGAGCGACAGUCGACAAGGUCAAUGUUUUGUAAAGAUCGCUGCAAAUGGUCAACCGGUCCCGAGUCUGCAGGAGGCUCUUCCUGAGCAAGCUCCCGCCGUUGAAGUUACCGAUAAGGAUCUGUGGUUGAAUACGACGAAGCUGGUUAAUAGUGAGCUUUGGGCCGCGAAUCGUCGGACGCUGGCCGAGUUUGAGUUCUCCGAGGAAAUGCAUACACAGUAUUCCCUCAUAGUCUACCUGGUCACCAUGGGCAUAUGCCUGGCAAUGGCUGCCUUGACGUUCUUUUCAUACCCAGCGUCUUCUUCCCCCAAAACGACGAGUACGAGUUCCAGGUAUAUCAGGAAGAUUAAACAAUAUCUCAUUCUACCGGCCUUAUUCGGCGGCCGCCAUCUCGAACCGCUACGAUGGAACAUAGGCUAUGUGCCCGGCCGUGCCCUUACGGUAUUCAUCAGCAUCUACGUGAUCCUCAACAUUGUCUUCUGCUGCAUCUCCUACCACCUCGCCUCUCCUAACACGUGGUUCUCAGAAGACCGCGACCAGAUCGCAGGAUAUGUCGGCAAUCGCACGGGAGUCCUCGGCUUCACUAACUUGGGCAUCGCUAUACUCUUCGCAGGGCGGAACAACAUUCUCAUCACCCUGACAGGAUGGUCUCAGACCACUUCUCUGACCUUCCACCGCUGGGCUGCGCGUGUCGCUACGCUCCAGGCCGUCGUCCACUCUGUCAUAUACACCGUGACGUAUUUCUGGGACGGAGGCGCAGCCGCAUAUUACGCUGAAGCCUCAUUGCCGUAUUACUGGUGGGGUAUCAUCGCUACCACCGCGCUGGGCGUCAUGAUUGGACUGGCGUUCUUGCCGAUCAGGCUGAGAGCGUAUGAACUCUUCUUGAUCACACAUAUUGCUCUUGCAAUUCUGGCGCUGAUCGGAUGUUGGUACCACGUCGACAUCCUAUUCAACAAACGAUGGGGCUACGAAGUCUGGCUAUAUCUGUGUUUUGCCUUCUGGAGCUUCGACCGGGUCGCUAGACUUGUCAAGCUCGGGUUGUUCAAUAACUGGACUGGAUCAACUAAAGCCCAUGUCACCCGGAUUCCGAACACGGAUAUUGUCCAGCUCACUCUCUUUCCCGGUCGAUUUUGGGAAUCGGCAGUUGGACCCGGCCAGCAUUCGUUUCUGUAUUUCCCCUCGACUGGAAAGGUAUGGGAGACUCACCCAUUCACCAUUGCCGACUGGGGUACCAUGCGCGAACAGGCAAAGGCCACCUCGGACAACUCGUUGAGCGAGGGCACGUCGCUGUCUGAAAAGACCCCGACCGAGAUUCCGUCCACAGGUCAGGUUCAGGAAUCUGGACCAAGUCCCAAACAACGACCACUCCCUAACGACAGCACAUCGCAAGCCCCAUACUCCAGUCAAUUCUACCUCCGCUUCCUCUUGCGCGUGCAAACAGGGAGCACGCGCUCGCUGAUCCGUCAACUCGAGACGUCUGCACGUGGAACACCGUUGAGCCAACAUCUUACGAUACUUACCGAAGGACCCUAUGCCGGACAUAAGCAGACGCUCCACCCGCUCUUCACCGCCGACACAGUCCUCUGCAUCGCUGGUGGUAUCGGCAUUACCUUUCCCUUGGGAUUUGUCAAGCACUAUGUGUCGCUGGACUUCUCAUCACCAAAGGGAGGAAAUUCUUCAGCGCAACGUCGAACGCUCAUGGGCCGUACGACGCGCUUUGUUCUGGCCUGGUCCGCCAGAGAAGAUGGAUUGAUUCGACACGUCACCGAGACGAUACUUCUAGGCCAGCAUUUUCAUCGCGAAACCGGCGCGAGGACCGUCGACGUUCGAAUCUGGCAUACGGGAACCACCUAUACCUCUUCAGCCACGACGGAAUCCCAAGCUGAGGAUGGGAAGGAAAAAGAAAUCCGCCUCACCGUAUCUCCUUCAGGCCCAGUAAGCAUAACGCGGGGCACGCGUAUGCCCAUUGCCUCGGUCCUCGACUCUGUUCUCGAACCAAGCCACCGCAUCACCGUCCUAGUCUGCGCGCCUGGUGGCAUGGCAGACGCCGUGCGCAAGGAAGUCGUCCGCGCCAUAAGUCAGGGUUUUGAUGUGGAUCUUCUAGAGGAAGCAUUUGCUUGGUAA